CAUGACAGUCUGCACAGUUGCAUGCUUGGAAUUCUAGCUACCGACUUUUGCUUGCCAGGAGCUCAUUGUUUAGGAAACCGCGGACUUAGAAGUCGAGAUGGCUGUCAGAAUGAACCGACAGCUCAACGUGAAUACCAGCAAAUAAUCUUUUUUUAACGGAGACAGCGGGCCGCUCGACAUAUUUCCCCCAGCGACAGCAACGACAGCCCAGGGUUGCCAAACAACAAGCAUCAUUCAGUGUCAGCCAGAGGUAGCUGCUGGAGCUCUCAGGCGCCUCGUCCCUGCUCCUCUGGAGCCCGUCAACGUCUGCUUCAGUCUCAAGGUAGCUUCUCGGACAACCCGCUGAGGUAGCCAACAAUGCCUGCGGACCCCCUGCCUGAAUGCCCAGCCUACAUUUAUGAUUUGGUGUUAGACGUCUUGCAACCAAAGCACCUCUCCAAAAAGCUCUGACUGCCGGUGUCUGUGGGCGGCAGCUUCCUUCUGUUUCCACUUCCUGGCCUCGGCUGUUGCUCAACACUUUUUCAUCUCCUCUUAGGAGGGGCAGGAUGCCUUGAGCAGUUAGAGAAAUGUCUUCAGCUGUAUGGGUAUAAUGCAUGCAUGUGUUCUGCUGGAGUUCACUUGAGAAAGGCACUGAAUCCAUACCAGCUCUAGGAAUGCUUUGCAGGGGGCUUUGAUCUCUCUGUAGAAGACAGUAGAAAAACGAAUCUCCCCGCAGGAAUCAACUAAUAAUUAUCAUUCUACUUAUAAUUUUAUUGGUAUAUCUGCACCCAAGAAAAGACCCUCAGCCUCAGACCGGGUCUCUUCAGCUCCUCUUUCCUUUGCCGCCCCUGUACCAUGCUGGGUACACUCAUGCGGAGGAACAUGUCCCAAAAGCUGAGUGUGCUGCUGCUGGUGUUUGGCCUGGCGUGGGGACUUAUGCUGCUGCGCUACACCGUGCAGCAGCCUCGCCAUCAAAGCAGUGCCGAGCUACGUGAGCAGAUCCUGGAGCUCAGCCGGCGAUACGUCAAGGUCCUGACAGAGGAGAACCAGAACUCACCAGGUGGGCCACAGGGAACCUCCAUGGCAGGUUAUGCUGAUCUGAAGAGGACUAUCGCUGUGCUACUGGAUGACAUUCUGACGCGGCUGGUCAAACUGGAGGGGAAAAUCGAGUUGGUGGUCAAUGCCUCCUCCACUAACACCUCCCACACAGCAGGGGGCGUCCUCGCCUCUGCUUCCGUCGCCCUACAAAAAUCCUUAAAGCAUGAGAUAGCUGGCAGCCACACAGGGACGUCACGCCUUCACCCGCACAUCCGUAAACGGUCUCGGCCGCAUCAAGGAGUGUAUGUUUGAUAGAUGGAUUGAUUCUUUAUUUUCUUGUUUAGCACAUUACACUUUCUCAGCAUUUAUCACUGAUGUAACAACAUCAGACAAAUGAAAAGCAAUAGGGAGACAUAUGGACAUCCAGAAACUUCAAAUUCGGGAUGCUUCUCAGAAAUUUUCAGCUGACUCAGAGGGAAGAAAGACUUCUUUAUGCUCUGUCCUAUCAUAUGCUGAUAUUUAUUUAUUUUUACCAAGACUAUCCAGCACAUUUUUUUAUAUUUGCAUUGCUGAUUUUAUUUGGCUUAGAUUUUAGCAUUUGUUUUAUAAAGCCACAUUUGAAUCUUACGACUGUUUGAGCAAAUGCAGAGACCUAUAAAUACUCUUGGAACCGAACCAGAUUCUCACAUGCUUUAUCAUAAAAAGCCUUGAAAUGCUCCCCUAUCAACAUUAUAAACCACCUUACAAUACUGCUUCAAUAUAUCAAAAUGCUGAUCUAAACAGUACAACUCAUGAUAGUUAGGAAUAGCUGUUUGUCAGGUUUUAGCUGGUGCAGUUGCUAAUUACUGUAUGAGACUCUACUUUCAGCUUACACAUAGUUUUAACAAUAAGAAUAAUUAAACUGUAUAGCUCGCCUGUAAGAGAUAAUCCAAAGAAUGUUAUUUGCACUCCAUCUGCAGGCAGUAUAAUUGUGUAUUUACAAUUGCUGCAAGACAGUUUGAGGUUUAUGCAGAAUUUGAUGAGAUGAUGCCGAAUUGCCACUGUAAACAGGAGUGUGUGUGUGUGUGCUUUGUCUCAGUUUAAAUCCAACGAUUCCCUUGCCCAGUGUUGAGAAAUGUUGUAACUUACGUGUGUAGCAGAUUGAUUGUACUGUGUAGUCACUCUUAAGCCCUUUCGUGCUGUUAAGAUGGCUGACCUACUGCUUACACAUGUUCAGGGUUCAUGUUGCACUGUGACUCUAUAGAGAUUUUCUAAAAAUACUGGGCUCAUCCAACUUUGACUUAAGGGAUAUUUUAAGAGGGUGGACGUCAGGCUCUGGAAUAUCCAUUCUUCCAGCCUUCCUGCUGAGAUACUCUGGCUCCCGUCCAGGGGAAGAAGAUCUUUAAUUUGCACAACAUAAUGCUCAUUAACUUGUUGACUUUGUGCAGCAGGGGCAAUACUUUUACCAAUACUACUUGGGGAUUGUAUGAAACAAAGUCAAUGUGGGUGGCAUACUAAAAUAUGAGGGAGAAAAUGCUUCAUGCUGUUGCUCACACUUAAAUAUAUGAGAGGGCCUCCGGACUGAAUGAUUGAACUGGUUUAACUAUGUCUACCAUGAGUAAUGCCAUAAAUGUACUUUGCUUCAAAUUGCUUAAGUAGAAAAGAUGGUGACCCAGUCAGCUGCUGUGAGAUAGCUUUACUAAUAAAUCCACCUUAUGGAAAAACAUA